GGAUCGCUUCUGCAAAGUUAAAAACAGACUUUGUUUAUCUUGCAGCCUGUUUGUUUGAACCGCUCCGGGUCCUGGUCCACCUGCCGUGUCCCCUCCAGCUUCGUGUGGGACUCCUCCAGCCGAGAGGAGCCUGAAACCUUCGGCAGCCUGCGCCGCUCUUCAGCAUUUCUGCUCUUUGUGAUUCACUUUGAUCGGGUUUUUUGUGUGUGUGUUGAUACCGUGCAGCACGAAAAAAAAAGGUCGGGACUCCGGUUUUACCUCCUCCAUCAGGGGCCAUUUGUCUAAAGACUGUUUCACACCUAACGGCUCGUCCUGCAGACGCCUGGUUGCGGUUUUUUGGGGGGGUUUGUAGCUCGACAGGAGGAGCGCACCGUGAGGAUUUUUUAAUCGAGCUUUAGGAGCGCCAUGGCGACCGAAGUGGAUACGUGGUCCUCCGCUCCGCAAGCCGACGGGAUGUUCUCUUUCGACAACAACCUGGCGGAGGCUGACCGAGCCUACAGCGGCGACGAGGACGCACUGAACGAGGCGGAGGUGAACGGCAACUGGACGCCCCAGGAGAAGGCGCUCCACGAGGCGCGGCUCAAGGCCAAAGCCAAGCGUCGCCUGCGCAAGUCCUCCUCCCGCAACUCCACCAGCGAGUCCUUCUCCGAGUCAGGAGAUCUGGCGGGGGGCGAGCCGCACAGUCCAAAGGGCAAAGUCAACACCAACGACCGCAAAUCCAGGACGGGCAAAGGCCGAGGCCUGCCCAAAAAAGGUGGGGCAGGUGGUAAAGGAGUUUGGGGGGCUGCUGGGAUGGUUUAUGAAGACGAGGAGCCUGAUGCCCGGGACCCCAACUAUGAUGAAUCUGCUCAGGGGGACACAGUUUAUGCAACAGUCGUGCCAGAGGUGGACGAGAAGGAGCUGGAGAAAAUGGUCAACCCGAUCGUGCAGGAGUACUUUGAACACGGAGACACAAAAGAGGUGCAGAUGUUGCUGAAAGGGCUCAACCUGGGCCCGCAUAAGUACGAGUUCUCCUCCCUGGCCGUGUCCCUGUCCCUGGAAGGCAAGGCCAGCCACCGAGAGCUGACCUCCCGCCUGCUGUCGGAUCUGUCGGGCAAGCUGCUGUCACAGAGCGACAUGGCCCGCGCCUUCGACAAGAUGCUCAAAGAGCUGCCAGACCUCAUCCUGGACACGCCGGAGGCUCCGCAGAUGUUGGGCCAGUUCAUAGCCAGAGCCAUAGCGGACCACAUCCUCCCCAUGUCUUUCCUGGACUGUUACAAAGGCAAAGUGGACUGUGAGCAUGCCAGAGUGGCUUUAGACCGUGCGGCCGUGCUGCUGACCAUGAAGAGGGAGAUGGUUCGUCUAGAUAACGUGUGGGGCGUGGGCGGAGGCCAGAGACCUGUCAAACAUCUCGUCAAGGAGAUGAACCUCCUGCUCAAAGAGUACCUGAUUUCAGGAGACGUGUCGGAGGCAGAGCGCUGCCUGCGGGACCUGGAGGUCCCACACUUCCACCACGAGCUGGUCUAUGAGGCCGUAGUGAUGGUGCUGGAGUCAAAAGGAGACACCGCCAGUCACAUGAUGAUGAAGCUGCUGCAGUCAUUCUGGAAAACAGGCCUCAUCACUGUGGAUCAGAUGAACAGGGGCUUCCAGCGUGUCUACGAUGAGCUCCCUGAAAUCAACCUUGACGUGCCACAUGCCCACUCCAUCAUGGAGACCUUUGUGGACCUCUGCUUCCAGGAGUCUGUCAUCACCAAACAGCUGAGGGAUGCCUGUCCCUCCAGAGGGCGGAAGCGUUUUGUAAGCGAAGGAGAUGGCGGCGUGAUCAAGAACUAAUACACGAGAGGAAGACGAGGAAGAGAAGGAGGAGGAGGGUGUCUACAGGUCCUCGCACCCUGUUCCCGCUCCAUCAUGUUUCCCCUGAAACCGGGCAUGUUGGCAGUCUUAAGUUUCCUUGUUCCUCUCUCGAUAACGUUGUCAUUACACAAACCAGCGUUGACGUUCGGUGAAAGUAGACUGAAGAGUGUUCUGGGCCUUCAGUUCCCUUCAUCUUGUUAAUCACUGUUUUUGACAUUUUUUUUUGUAAGAAUAUUCUUUAUUUCUGGGCUUGAUGUGCCCCUCUUGCCUCCGUCUUUGUACCUGUUUCAAGUCAGAGCAGCAGAAAGGCGGGUGGACAGGCUGGGGAAUGUGGGAGAUUCAUUUGGGUAGUUUUUCUCUUGCUUUGCCACAUCUGUAUUUUUUUUUUUUUUAUGCGCUACAGCAAUGAAAACAGCACUUAAAAUACAGAAGGUAGUGCAACAAGCAGCACUUGGUAAUUUAGCUCAACAAAAACGAUCUAAACCUUUUUAUUUUCUGUCGCCAAGCAAGGACAACAUGCGCUGCAGCUUCUGGUUCGAGUGCUUCUAUUGAUCCUUUGUGAACAGUGCUUUUUUUUGUUCUCUUUGGUUCUUGGUCUCUGAGGCCAAAUGUUCACUUUGUAAAGCACAGCAGUCAAAGCAAGAAGCGUUUGGCAAUGUUUGGGUGUUUAUUUGAAACUUGCAUUAGGGCAAAUGUACCUUGGAGGCCCUUUUGGAAGAAAAAAAAGAAUAAAUAAAUCGGGAUGUGUUAAAAAAAAAUUAAACAGCAAUAUUUUGAGCACUCUGACUUUGCUUGUGAUGAAUGAAUCUACAGCUCUGGACAGUUAACCUUUACACAGAAAGCCAAACCCGCUGUAGGGAGUUCACAUGGAAGUGGUCUUGAAACCUGGAAUCUGUUUGAUGUCCGUGAAACGGCGACUUCAGCUUUUCUUGGAAGACGAUUUGUUUUGCAUAUUCAGACAUUUUUUCCACUGUAACAGUUUGACAUGUUGACCAAAGUUAAUGUGGCUGAGAAAUAUAUUUCAUUCAUGAAAAAAAAGAAACAAAAUGACGUUUUCUGUUUUAUGGUUUGUUUGUUUUCGCUCAUGCCAGCAACAUUGAUGAAAGAGUAACCAGGAGUAAGUGACCGGGCAAGAGUAGUAGAGAUGUACAUGAGUCACAUGUGCUGAUCAGUCGUGAUCUUUAAUGUAUAUUUCAACCUUGUCUUUCAUUUAUACCCUCUCUGAUCACAUCUUUCUCUGUGACUAAUGGUCAGAGCAGCCGUAAAAAUGUUAACUUAAACCUGUUAACUCAGAGGAAGUUUGAGGCCAAAGUUUGGAUUUAUUUUUUCUCCCAAGGCUCUGACCCCAUGUAUGGUACAUCUAAGAUACUUGGCUGUGUGUCUUCAUAGCAAAGCUUAAUUAUACCUUCAGUGUAAAUAACCGGUUUGAGGGAAAUUUGUGUUAGAUGGUUCAUAUUUGGAAAUUGAUGUAAUUCACAGGCCACCCUCAUUCAUGCAUGCAGCUGUCUACUGUCAAAUAGCGGCUAUAAGUCAUGUUUUGUAUUCCUAUAGUCGUCUUUGUACUGUUGAUUUAUUUUGGAUCAGCAAACUGUUCACAUCACACUCUCCCACACAAGAAGUUCCUCUUAUAUAUUUCAAUAAAAUGACAUACUUCCCUC